UUGACACACAAUGAAACAUCCCUCCCAUUCAUCUUAUAUCUGUUUGCUCUUUGGUACUCAUGCGUUAGAGAGUCAGAGAGUCAAACCUGUAAAGAUGCCUGUCGACUACAGCGGGACGUGGGACAUUGUCAGCAAUGUCAACUUUGAGGGCUACAUGGUUGCACUUGGCAUUGAUUUUGCAACUCGCAAGAUUGCCUCGCUGUUGAAGCCCCAGAAAGUGAUUAAGCAAGACGGAGAUUGUUUCAUCAUCAAGACGUUCACUACUUUUAAAAAUUACGAGAGUUCGUUCAAAAUUGGAGAAGAGGUCAAAGAGGUGACUAAAGGGAUGGACAACAGGUCAUGCCAGACGGUGGUCAACUGGAAAGAUGAUAAGCUGGUGUGUGUUCAGAAAGGAGAAAAGAAGAACCGAGGGUGGACUCACUGGAUUGACGGAGAUGAGCUUCAUCUGGAACUUACUUGUGAGGAUCAAGUCUGCAAGCAAGUUUAUAAAAGGACUCUGUGAACUUGUCUUUUAAAACACUACCACAGUAUUUCCAAGAAAUUAGAUUGCAUAAAAAGCCACACAAUAUAGUUUAUAUACUUCAUAAAGAACAUGUCAUUUGAGUGUGGGCUGAUGUGUGUGAUUAAAUGUAUCCACGUUGUAGUACCUCCUCCGGGCCACACGGUGUCGCUGUGUAUUAAACAUUGCGUUAAACUCGAA